GGUGACGCGCGGGCGGGCGGAUUUGAAAUUGCGAGGAGGMGGCGGUGGCGGCGCUGGCGGUAACGGCCGAGUGGGGACAGGAGCGCGGCUCUGCGGGGAAAGGGAGCGCGGUGGGGGCAGCACCCCCACCCUCACCCUCCACCACCGGGACCGGUGUCCGUAAGGCGGCGUUCUACUUCUGUACUCUGAGCCUUUGGAAAAUUGUUGUGAAGUUUAGAAAAGAAAAUAUUCUUAGAUCCUGGAUUUUUCUAUACUGAGGAAUUGUGGUCUACAACUCGGUCACAAUGAGGCGAAGUUCAAGUAUUGCUGGAAGCAGCGGUCGGCAAUCUAUGAUGGCACUGAGAGUGCAGGACAACAACAAGAUGGGUCUUCAAACACCUCAGAUGAAGGACAGAAGCACCUUUGGGAAGCCRAGCACGAGCAAACCUACAUCUGGAGCUUCAGAAAGAAAAGUCAGCAUUUUUGGGAAGAGAGGGAGUGGGGCUGCAGGAUCACGCAACAGCCAGUAUGGCGUGUUCGGGACAGAAAAGAUAAAGGAUCCCAGGCCACUUCAUGACAAGGCAUUCAUCCAGCAAUGUAUCAAGCAGCUUUGUGAGUUUCUCGUUGAGAACGCUUAUGCCCAUAAUGUUUCCAUGAAAUCGCUACAAUCUCCAUCAGUUAAGGACUUCUUAAAAAUCUUCACCUUUAUCUAUGGAUUCCUCUGCCCUUCUUAUGAACUGCCUGACUCAAAAUUUGAAGAGGAAAUUCCCAGAGUUUUUAAAGAGCUUGGGUACCCCUUUGCUCUGUCAAAAAGCUCCAUGUACACCGUGGGAGCACCACACACCUGGCCUCAGAUUGUGACGGCUUUGGUUUGGUUAAUCGAUUGUGUCAAGCUGUAUGCUGCGAUGAGGGAAAAUGCACCAUCAUUUGAUGAAGGACAGAGCUGGGGAGGAGAGACAGAUGAUGGAAUUGUACAUAAUAAGCUUUUCAUGGACUACUCUGUGAAGUGCUAUGAGCUUUUCAUGAAAGGGAGAGAUACUUUUGAAGAAUUGGAUGCUGAAGUCCAGUCAAAAUUAAAGGAUUUAUUUAAUAUAGAUGAAUUCCAGAUAGAAAGUUUAGCAGCUGACAACAAAAGACUUCAAGAAGAGAUUGCAAGACUAGAAAAAGAAAAGGAAAGUGAGCCGGAUCGUAGAGUAACGCUGCGAAACGUGAAAUCAUCUCUUCAAGCAGAUGUCCAGAAAUACCAGGCUUAUUUAGCUAACCUGGAAUCUCAUAUAGCCAUCCUUGAUCAAAAAAUAGAAGGUGUUAAUGAUGAAGUUGAGACAACAGAAAUGGAAGUAGAAGCAAUGAAGCAGGAGAAUGCCCGGCUCCAGCACAUCUUUGAUAACCAAAAGUACUCAGUUGCGGACAUUGAGAGAAUAAAUCAUGAAAGAAAUGAGUUGCAGCAAACUAUUAACAAGCUGACUAAGGAAGUGGAAGCAGAAGAACAUCAGCUGUGGAAUGAAGAGCUAAAAUAUGCUAGGAAUAARGAGGCGAUCGAAAUGCAACUGGCAGAAUAUCAUAAACUGGCUCGAAAGCUGAAAUUAAUUCCAGUGAGUGCUGAGAAUUCCAAAGGCCAUGACUUUGAGAUUCGGUUUAAUCCUGACGCAGGACCAAAUUGCCUAGUCAAAUAUAGAACUCAAAUCAAGGCUCCCCUCAUGGAAAUCAUCAACCAGACUGAGGAAGAAAUUAGAAGAGCUAUUCAAAGGAAAAUUACUUUGGAAGAUACUUUGGAACAGGUGAAUGUAAUGGUAGAGGACACAAAAAGCAGUGUGAAAACGCUGACAGAAGAGGCUGAAAAGCUGGAUGAUCUUUACCAUCAGAAGCUUAAGGAGACAGAAGAGGAAGAGCAAAAAUGUGCAAAUGAACUGGAAGCAUUAAAGAAGCAUAAACAAUUACUUGAGAGUGGUGUCAAUGAAGGUCUCAGUGAAGCCACAAAUGAAUUGCAUGAUCUCCAACGACAAUAUCAAGUUGUUUUGCAAACAACAACAGAAGAGAGCAGAAAAGUUGGUGGCAACUUGAGUCGUCUUAUAGAAACGAUUGCUGCUCACAUAGCAUCUAUAGCGAAAUACCUUGAUGAACAGAAUGUGAAAAUUCACAGAGACUAUGAAGAAUUCAUGUCUGAAGAUCAAUUGUCAGAYUUGACCAAAAUUCUAGACAGUUAUAGAAAGAAGGCUGAAGGUCUCUAAUCACCGAAUAGGUCACAGUGAAAAUUUUACAUUUCUGAAGCUCUGGUAUGGUGCCUUCUAAAAGGAUGGGUACUACCUGUGUUUAGCACUGAAACUGGUUUUAAGUGUAAGGAAGUAUUUAUCAACUUUCUUUGUUUAAUUGAAUAAAUACAUCAAAGAAUUAAGCAAUAUAUUUGCAUUUUAUUGAAAAAGGCUUUCUUGCACUUCAUAAUUUCAGUAUCUUAUACAUGCUCACAACCAUCUGUGACAACUGUGGAACAAUUGCAUUUUGUUUYUUCUUUAUAAUCAAGUCAUUUUCUAGUAACAUCAGUAAAACAGGAGCACAGCUAGUCUGCUAAAAUAACAAGGCAAAAUGAACAUCAAGAUGGAACAGCAAGUAAUAACGCAAAUGCAGARGGCACUGACAACUUUGAAUACUGCUACAGUUUUUGUAAACAUGCAGAAUUGCUAAAUGAUAAGUUAUGCUUUCGUUUCUAGAGUAUAGAUUGUGCAUUUCACAGUAWAUGUAUGCCUUUAGGGCACAUGCAYGACAGACARUUCACAUCCUU